GCACGCCCCGCACGGUUUCGUGCGUUGAGGGCCAACCGCCGGAUCCGGGGGCUAGGCGAAGGAAACUUCAUCCCAGUUUUAUCCGAAGACACUCAGACGUAGCAGAAGACGAAGUCACGAGGUUGGGUUUGUGGGAAGCAAUGGAGGAAAUUUACGCAGGUUCGUGGGAAACAAUGGGGGAAAUUUGCCCCUUGCGUCCUUGCGUUGGAUUCCCAGUAGGUUCCACGAACAUUCUCCGAAGGAUAGAUCCGAGGGUUUCGAUCGCGGAAAGCAGUGGCUGGAGAUGGAAGGGAGGCAGAGCGAGAAACGGAGGUCGGACGCUGAUGAGAGGGAUGACUUACAGCUCCGGCCCAAGAGGGCAAAGAUUCCAACUCUGGAGAGUGCCGUUUUUGGAAUCUCAAAAAUGGAAUAUCUGCAGCGUCUCAUCGGUCCGUCAUUAGAGCCUAUGCUUCGUAGAGUGGUGUAUGAAGAAGUUGAGCGAGCCCUAAAAAAUGGAGGUCUUGCUGGCAUUGGUGAAAGGUAUGUGCCAAGACAAAUUGAAGGGCCGAAUGGAAGAAAUCUACAGCUUCACUUCAAGACAAAAUUAUCUCUGCCUAUAUUCACAGGUGGAAAUGUUGGUGGGGAAAAUGGAGUUGCAAUUCAGGUUUUAUUACGCGAUGCAAACACCGGCCUUGUUGUAACCUCAGGACCAGAGGCAUGUUCAAAACUAGACGUUUUAGUACUAGAUGGUGAUUUUAACUAUGAAGAUGGUGAUAGUUGGAUUGAAGAAGCUUUUAAUACUCAUAAAGUUAAACAGCGCGAAGGAAAGAGACCACUUCUAAUAGGGGACUUGCAAGUUACAUUGAAAGAUGGAAUUGGUACCCUUGGAGAGCUUUCUUUUACUGAUAAUUCUAGUUGGGUCAGGAGCAAAAUGUUCAGGCUUGGUGUGAGGAUAGCCUCCGGCUACAAUAAUGGUAUUCGUAUACGUGAAGCAACAACAGAUGCAUUCAGAGUUAAGGAUCAUAGAGGAGAAGAAUACAAGAAACGCCAUCCGCCUAGCUUAAAGGAUAAAGUAUGGAGACUGGAAAAAAUUGGCAAGAAUGGCCAAUUUCACAAAAGGUUAUCUGAAAAUGAUAUUUACACAGUUGAACAUUUCCUUGAGAAUUAUAAUCAGAGCCCCCAACAACUGCGCAAAAUCCUUGGGAGUGGUAUGUCAGAUAGAAUGUGGGAGAGUCUUGUGGCACAUGCCAAGACUUGUGUCUUAGGUGAUAUGCGUUAUGCAUACUAUCCAGAUGGAACUAGCAAUCAAGUCCCCCAAAUGCACUUACAAUCUUCACUUUUCUCAAAUCAGUAUUCAGUUGAAAUGGGAAAGGCAGUGGGAGCAGGGCCCAUGCCUUCUCCAUAUGAUGGAAUUCAAGCUAUUAGAUAUGCACACCUUCCUCAUGAUGAAGGUUCCCAUGCUCCUAUGCUGAUUUCAAGGGCAUCAAUUGAGCCUCAAGAGAAGCCGGCUGACUCCACAUUCCAGACCCAAUUCAUGGCAAGUGAUUCUGCAUAUUUAGGAUUCCACAUUCCAGACCCAAUUGGUCAAUCCGUGGCACAUCCAGGCCUACAAAUGCUUAACAGCUUCAACAUGGAUGCUCCUUUCGAAGAUGAGAUCCACUUAUGGAACCUUGGGAAUGAGGACUUGUUCUCUAUAUAUAACAUGGGUGUUGCUUCCACGAGUAGUCAGCACGACGACUUAUACGGCUUCUCUUACAUGUCUCCACUCUUCCAUUUCUCCGAAUUCGACAAUGGUGGGAGUCGUGCAUCCAAUAAGGCUACUGUUGGUUGGCUCAAGAUGAAAGCAGCCAUGAGAUGGGGGAUCUUCAUUCGAAAGAGAGCAGCUGAGAAAAGAAGAGUAGCACGACUUGUUGAGGUGUAAGACCUUCACUGAUCUCUCAAAAGCUGAAUCUUACAUGCAAAUUGAUGUAGAAUAAAUUUGGUUUGGAGAUUGCAAUUGCAAAUGGCACUGUAGCAUAUCAUGUACCCUCUGAUCAUCUAAACUACUGUAGUUUUUCUAGCCCAUAAGAUAGUCAGCUGUAUGUUUAUUAACUUACAUUUUUGUUGGAAAUAUCCCAAAGUUGAGGUGAA